GCUCCUGUCGAGCAACCAAACAAAACUAAAAUAACAAACACAAUUAAUUUCAGUUUGUGAAACGAGUUAUUUAAAAUUUAAGAAGAGUUCUUAUUAAAUCUUAAGAUUAUUGUACAAAUUCGAGGAAACCACCAGAAAAAUGGCAACAAAACCAGGAAAAGGCGAUGGCAAACAGGUCAAAGGAAAGCUGAGGACCUCCAAGAACAAGGCCGAGGGCGGCGGAGGUGGCGGUGGCGAUGCGGAUGACUUCGACGCCUGGAUGAAGUCCCGCCAGCUGCUCAAGCCCGAUGAUCAGCUGGAUCUCACUGAGGCCGAACUGGGCGAGGAGGUCACCAAGGUGCUGACGCCCACCAACACCAAUGUGAUCCGCAACCUCGUGGUCUAUAGCUUCAAGGAGGGCGAGUUUGUCUUGGCACCAGUGCCGGGCAACACAGUUACCUUGAUCGCCUUCCCCGGGAACUCACUGCACGUGGACUCGGAGGAGGGUCGCCGCCAGAUAGAGGAGUCGGACGAGAUCGGCUACCCACUUCCCAUGCCAAACUACACGGUGGUGGAGCAGCGCGAACCCGAAAACGUGGAUGGUGAGGAGGGAGAGGGCGAAGAGGACGACGAUGGGGCGAAUGCUAAGGACGCCGGCGGGGAGGAAGAGGAGGUCGAAGAGGAGGACGACGAGGAGGCCAAGGGCACUGAGGGCGAUGAAGGCGAGGGGGAGGGAGAAGGAGAAGGUGCAGCCCGUCCUGAUGACGAAGAACCCGCCCAACAAGCGGCGGCUGUUUCUUCGAAGAAACGAAAGCUGAUCAACCAGUUCAACUAUUGCGAACGGGGUGCCCUCACCUAUACGAAUCCCAAACGGAGUGUGGACACCCAGACCAUUCCUCCUCCCCGCUCUCAGUUCGGGGCCAAUGUGCUGCAGUGGGUCAUCUACGAUUCGUAUUUAGAAAAUUUCGAGGAACAGCAGAAAGAUGGGACUAAAAAGGACGAUCGUAAGAGGGGCAGAAGGGCCAAGAAGUUCCGGGACAAGUCCGCCAUCGCGGAACAGCUAAACAAGAAGUAUCUCAAGUGCUGGCAGAUCCUCGAGCGCAUGAUCAACCAGAAUAUCUACGAUGAUAUUGCUCAUGACUAUCGCUACUGGGAGGAUCCCGCCGACGAGUUCCGUGAGGGUGAGGGCAACCUACUGCCCCUUUGGAAGUUCCAAUAUGACAAGACCAAGAAGAUGAAUGUCACCGACAUUCUGUUUAAUCCGAGCUACUAUGAUCUCUUUGCCGUCUGCUUUGGAUCGCAUGACUUUAUGAAACAGACCAAUGAGGGCUACUUGUGCCUCUUCACCGUCAAGAAUCCCUCAUUUCCGGAUUAUAUUAUUCAAACCGACAGUGGCGUAAUGUGCUGUGAUAUCCACCCGACCUAUCCUUUUCUGGCGGUGAUUGGCCUUUAUGACGGCAAUGUGGCUGUGUACAAUCUGCGCGAGGACUGCAAGGAACCACUUUAUGUGUCCAAAGGAGUCAACUGCAAACAUGGAGAGUGCGUGUGGCAGAUUAGAUGGGGUCUCGACAUGACCGACGGCGAAGUAAACUUCUUCUCGGUGUCUUCCGAUGGACGGGUCUUCAACUGGAUCCUCAUGCAGAACAAGCUGUGGGUCACCACCAUUAUCACAUUGUACCGGGAAAAUGGACUUGUGGACGGACCGGAUGGGACCAAGGUCAGCCUGAAGAGUGGAGGAUCCUGCAUGGUUUUCCAUCCCACCGACAACAAGGUAUUUCUGGUGGGCACCGAGUGCGGCUACAUCUACAAGUGCAGCACGGCCUUUAGCUCCAAAUACCUGAUGACCUACAAUGCGCACAACAUGUCCGUCUACCGUAUUGACUUCAAUCGCUUCAAUAGCAACAUCUUUGUAUCCUGUGGCGCUGACUGGCGGGUCAAGGUCUGGGAGGAUAUGCGUCCCGAUCCGUUGUUCAUCUUUGAUCUGGGUGCCGCUGUGGGCGAUGUAAAAUGGGCUCCCUACUCGAGCACCGUAUUUGCGGCGGUGACCACCGAAGGCAAAGUUCAUGUUUUUGACUUGAAUGUGAACAAGUACAAGGCUAUCUGCAUCCAGGCUGUUGUGCCGAAACGGAAGAACAAGCUCACCAGGCUGUCCUUCAACGAGAAGCUCGCCUUUAUUGUGGUGGGCGACGAAAAGGGAGUUACCACAUCGCUGAAACUGUCACCCAAUCUUCGCAUGAUGGUCAAGCCGCCAAAGAAGCAGCUCUAUCUCGAUCAGAACACUCUACAGAUUAGCAAGUUGGAGAAACUCCUAUCCCUGGUUCGGGAACUUCCCGAGGGAUCUGUUGUGCCCGAUGCAGCCACCACCGUGCGAAGCUAAAUCCGAAUAUGAAACCAGAUAAGAAAAACACUAUGGUCUGAUUUUAUGUAUUAUAUUUUACACAUAUAGAUCUGCUGGUUCUAAAAGAAUCUUAUGUUAUUUUAUGUUCCUAUCAAUCUAACAAAAAAUUUGCUAACAACCAACAUAAGGAACUUAGAAGCAAUGUAAAAAAUCACAAAAUUGUAUAUAUGCUUAAAAACGAAAUAAAGGUUGAAUUAAACUGUA